AUGCGUGGUUCUUUGUCUCAGGUGCUCGAUUACUCGUGGGACUUUAUUACAUCAUUGUUUUGGGCGCGAUAUCCUAACCCCUAUGCUUCUCAUGUGCUGCACGAAGACACUCUUGAAAGAUUUCUUCUGGACGACCACACCCUGUACACGAAGCGCUUAUUAGUAAAACGGAGCUUUGGGAAAAUUCCGCUUUUCCUCAGAAAUUUUUUGUCUAAUCGUCAGGAAUUGAUCGUCGAGGAGUCAGUCAUAGACUUGAGGAAAAAGGAGAUUUUUACACUAACUCGAAAUUUUGGUGGUCUAGCCCGUUACGCGGUUCUGGUCGAGGAAUGUCGGUACGUCCCAUCUCUGGAGGAUCCCAGCCUCACUCAAAUUGACCGAAAAUUUGCCCUACAAUCCGCUCUGUCAAGCAGAGUACUCUACCCUCUGUGGUCCUUCCUGAAACGGCGUUACGUUCACUCCGCCGCGAAGUCUCUCCAGGGCUUCCGAUUUGUGUGUCAGCAGUUUGCUGGCGAGACGAGUCCCCAACCCAGUCUCUCCUCGGCAACGUCAAGAGCCGCAAAUCGCAUCAAGGACUUCGCUCUCAACAAGCGACCGCGUGUACUGCUCGCCCAAGCAGGCAGCAACACGCCCGAGGAAUAA